AUGCUCAUCCAAUCCUCCGCAUACAUUUCCAGCGCCCGGUAUCUCCACAUAUACCACUACCGGAAAGCGACGCCCACGAGCAUCCUCACGGUAUCUGAUGUUCCUGACCACACCUCGAGCGCCGUUCACGACAUUAUUGCUGAACGCGAGAUUCUCCUGGACCAUGACCCUCAUUCCCGGAAACAGCGGCAAUCUCCCCAGACAGUCUAUCCCCAGACACGACGUCCGACGCAUAUCGCGGACUCGCUUCCGCCCAACAAUCACCGGACAGUCCGCAAAUGGUCCCAAAUCGAAACUUUGAUCGGCGGCCAGGCGGCUCAUUAUCCUCCCCCUCACGUCGAGGGCCGACAGCAAAGUGUCCCGCGCUACUCCAUCCCCAACGACCCGAUCGCUAUCGAACACAUCCAGUUCGUCAAGCUGAGGAGCGUAUACUACGUCGGGCCCACCCACAGCGUCGGCCAAUACCAAACGCUCGCCGUCGAAGGCGACAGCUUCUCCGCGUAG